UUCGCUCUUUCUUUUUCCGGACAUCGUCAUGUGACUUUGCCUGGAUCGAUCAUAUGACUGAUCACGUGCUCCACCAGUCUUCUUGGUGCUGGGAGAAGAGACUCUGCAGGGCGGAGAGGAUGAGCAGAAACCGGGGAGACAGCGAGGUGGAGACCCGGGAGGAUGAGGAGCAGCAGGUGAAGCUGGUGGAGAUCCUGGAGCUGCUGGUGGCCGCCGGAUACUUCAGGGCCCGGAUUAAAGGCCUCUCCCCAUUUGACAAGGUGGUCGGCGGGAUGACCUGGUGCAUCACCACUUGUAACUUUGACAUUGACGUGGAUCUGCUCUUCCAGGAGAACUCAACCAUUGGCCAGAAGAUAGCGUUAACUGAGAAGAUUGUGUCUGUUUUACCGAAAAUGAAAUGUCCGCACCGUCUGGAGCCGCAUCAGAUCCAAGGUCUGGACUUCAUCCACAUCUUCCCCGUCAUCCAGUGGUUGGUGAAACGCGCCAUCGAGACGCGGCAGGAGAUGGGAGAUUACAUCCGCUCGUACUCCGUCUCCCAGUUCCAGAAGGAUCACAGUCUCCCUGAGGACACCAAAUUUACAAGCCGGAGGGAGAAAGCCAUGAAGACCCUCAACGAGACCUUUGAGAUCUACAAACCGCGCAGGAGAUACAAGCGCCAGGACGACGCGGCGGAGAUAACUGAUGAGGAGUCGCGGGUUCACUCCACUCUCCUGGAAUACGGCAGGAGAUAUGGAAUUAGCAAAACUGGAAAGAUGGAGAAGCGGGAGGAUCAGAAGCUGCCGGUCACUUCUGGAUUGGUCAAAGGAGACUUAAAGGAAGAGGAGGAGCUACAAGCGCAGGAGGAGCUUCGCAUCAAGGCCCUAAUGACGGGGAUGGAGGCCAUGGACCUGGAGCAGGGUCGGCUGACGGCGAGCACGGUCGGACAGAUCGUAGGGUUACAGUCACACGAGAUAAAGCAGAUGGCGUCCGAAUACGCAGAGAAGCAAUCGGAGCUCAGCGCGGAGGAGCGGCCGGAGCACAUGGGGCCGGCGCAGCAGCAUCGCAGGAAAGCGGCGUCUCUGAACAAACAGAUGGCCCUGAGGACUAAAGCCCUGGAACAGCUGAAAGUAAAAUCCUCAGAGCUACAGGCGGAAUGUGAUGAAGCAAAGAAGAAGCUGACGGAGGUUGCCAGUUACACUGAGAAGCUGGAUGAGGAGAUGGCGGCGCUGGAGAAGGUGGAGUCCACAGCAGAUCCGGGAGUCUUACAGAAGCUGCGAUCGCUGGUCGCCAUGAACGAGAGUCUGAAGUCUCAGGAGCAGCAGUUCCGGGCGCACUGCCGGGAGGAGAUGACCCGUCUGCAGCAGAACAUCGAGACCUUAAAAGCUGAGAUGGCGGAGAGCGGGGAGGAGAAGGAGAGAUCGUCGUUGUUUGAACAGCAGCACAAAGCGGAACGCGAGAAACUGCAGAAGAUCCGGCUCCUCCUGGCUCGAAGGAAUCGGGAAAUCGCCAUUUUACAGCGCAAAAUCGAUGAGGUUCCCAGUCGAGCGGAGCUGACGCAGUAUCAGAAGAGGUUCAUCGAGCUCUACGGACAAGUCUCAGCCACUCACAAGGAGACCAAACAGUUCUUCACCUUGUACAACACCUUGGAUGAUAAGAAGCUUUACCUGGAGAAGGAGGUGAAUCUGCUGAAUUCCAUUCAUGACAACUUCCAGCAGGCGAUGGCGUCAACCGGCACCCGUGAACAGUUCCUCAGGCAGAUGGAGCAGAUUGUGGACGGGAUCAGACAGAACAGGAAUAAGAUGGAGAAGAAGAAGCAGGAGAAUAAGAUGAGGCGCGAUCAGCUGAACGACGAGUAUCUGGAGAUGCUGGAGAAGCAGAGAUUGUACUUCAAGACCGUCAAGGAGUUUAAGGAGGAAUGUCGCAAAAAUGAGGUGCUGCUGAGUAAACUGAAAGAUCGCGCACCGUGAAGCCAUCCAGCACGGUAACCUGAAUCCGUGUUAUGUCUACAAAGAGACGCGCGAAUGAAAGACACCGAUCUGGUCAUGUGACCCUCCAAUAAAUUUAUAUCACAUCCUCCUG